AUGGAACCGGAGCCAACCCUUAGCGCUCUCCUCGAGGCUAUCACAGCCCUCACCACUCAAGUUGGGUCCCUCCAGGACCAAGUCAAGUCUCAAGGCAAACAAAUCAUCCAGCUUAUUGCCAUAUGCAAGGAGACCAACGACAUCGUUGGAGACAAGGAUCAGGGCGGAGCCCAAACCAAGCCUGGCCCAUUGACUGGGCCUGUUACCCCCCCUACCCACUCAGGAGGGGAAACCCACACUCCAGGCACGGUUAGGCCUGGGCUCAAGGCCCCAUUUAGGCCAUCAAGAGGCACAGGAUUUGACUCCAAGGAAGAAGAGGAGCCAAGAAGAACCCCCAAAAAAGAGCCUAUGGGAACGCCUAAACGCUCCCUUAGUUCCCUCACCCCCUUCGACUCCGGGUCCUCAGUAAAAAGGCCCAAAAUGGAAUUACCAGACCCCUACAAAGGAGACACCAGGGGAAGAAAGGCCACUCAAUGGCUCGAUCGGAUGAUGCUCUGGGUAGCCCUUCAUAGGGACCAAUUUGACGAGGAAGAACAGAUGGUCGUGUGGAUACUUUACCACAUGACCAACAAAGCAGCCGAUUGGGCACUCCCCCUCAUAGGGGCCAUCAUCAAGGGCGAGGGUAACCCGCCAACCACCAUCACGGCCUUAACGGCCAAGUUCAAGGAGGCAUUUGCCGACCCUGAUGCCAAGCGGGCGGCCGCCAGGAAAAUAGCCGCGUUAACUCAGACCUCCACUACGUCUGAGUACGUCACCAAAUUCCGCAACCUCAUGGCGGAACUCGACUGGAAUACUGAGGCGUACAUUGCCCAGUUCACGCGCGGCCUUCACUGGAAGGUAAAAGAACUCCUGUCCACCAAGGACAACGUUCCCAACGAUGACCUAGAGGCCAUAUUCGCCGCCUUGGUCAAAAUUGACAACACCCGCCGAGAAAACAAGGAGAACCGUCCCAAAAAGGCCCUCUCCAAGUCCCCAGUCACCGCGACCACCUCCACUUCCACCACCACCAGGGUCCGCCUAUCAGAAGACCCCAAUUAUGUCACUCCGGAGGAACGGGAUCGUCGCCGCGCAUCAGGGCUUUGCGUCAAGUGCGGUCAAAAGGGUCACAGAAUCAAACAGUGCCCCAACGGCUGGAAAGCCACGAUCAAGGAGGUUGCCAAGCCCCCGACUCCUGAAAAGGACUUUGUAGAUAAUCUUGUAGAAUUUGUUUCUGUUGGUCUGGAUUCAAAUAAAAAACCUCUAUUAUUCAUCGAUCUACACGUCCAAAAUUCCCAGGCAGAACCCAUCAAGACCCUCAUUGAUUCAGGAGCCACAUUGAACUUUAUCUCCCCCUUGAUUGUGGAAAAAUAUAAAAUCCCAAAAACCCAACUCGAAAAUCCACGAGUUGUGAGAAUGUUAGAUGGUACUAUAUCCCAGACUGGUCGCAUUUGGCACCAGGUUCAACUCGCGGUUUCGGCCAAUGGCCACUCACAUCACAUCCCUUUCCUUGUUUGCCCCAUAGGCAACACCCCGGCUAUUCUAGGCAUGACAUGGCUCACUUUGGAAUCUCCUUUGAUUGACUGGCAACAGGGACAUAUUACAUUCCCCGAUCAGGCCCAUAUAGCAUCCGAGGAAGAAGCAGAUACCAACCCAUUGGCGGACCUCCCAGAACAAUACCACAAAUUUGCCAAAGUCUUUGGCAAGGAAGAGUUCAAAGUCCUUCCUCCACAUAGGGAAUACGACAUUUCCAUUGACCUUGUCCCUGAUGCCAAGCUCUCCCCUGGACCAAUUUAUGGUAUGACAGACGCCAAGUCCAAGGCCCUCAAGCAACAUAUCAAGGAAGAACUAGCCACAGGUAAAAUUCGCCCCAGUACCUCCUCAGCAGGCGCCCCGGUUAUGUUUGUCAAAAAGGCAGAUGGCUCUCUCAGAUUGGUAGUUGACUAUAGGAAGCUGAAUGACGUCACGCACAAAAACGUCUACCCACUCCCCAGGCAAGAUGACCUCAUGGCCAAAUUAAGACAUGCCAAGAUGUUCACCAAACUGGAUCUACGAUGGGGUUACAAUAAUGUCCGGAUCAAGGAAGGAGAUGAGUGGAAGACGGCUUUCAGAACUAAGUACGGGCUAUUCGAAUACCUAGUAAUGCCUUUUGGGCUUACCAAUGCCCCGGCCGCUUUCCAACAUUUCAUGAACGAUCUAUUCAGGGACCUCAUCGACGUCACUGUGGUUAUCUAUUUGGACGAUAUCUUGAUCUUCUCAGAGGACCCCAAGGACCAUUCAGCCCAUGUCAGGGAGGUCCUAUCACGGCUAAUGAAGAAUCAGCUAUUCUGUAAGCUCUCCAAGUGUCACUUCCAUGUUACCACAGUAGAUUACUUGGGCAUUGUCAUCUCCCCGGCGGGUUUUUCCAUGGAUCAGAAGAAGAUCGAGGCAGUCACGUCAUGGCCAACCCCCAAAACCGUCAAACAGGUUCAAGCAUUCCUGGGAUUUGUUAACUACCUCCGGCGCUUCAUUCCUAACUUCAGCUCAGUAGCACGCCCUCUGCACAACCUUACUAAAAAGGAAACCCCCUGGACAUGGGGCAACCUAGAGGAAACAGCCUUUCAGGAGUUGAAGGUCCUUGUCACCAAGUUGCCGGUUCUUAUCCACUCCAAUCCAGAACUCCCCUAUUACCUGGAGACAGACGCCUCAGGAGUAGCCAUGGGAGCCAUUCUCAGUCAACGGGGUCCAGAUAACCGAUUGCACCCAAUCGCGUACAUGUCUAAAUCAUUCUCAGGGGCAGAAGGCAACUACGACACUCAUGACAAGGAACUUCUAGCCAUCAUCAAAGCUCUGGAGGAAUGGCGUAUUUUCCUGGAAGCUACAGACAAACCGGUUCAGGUAUUUACAGAUCACCGCAACCUUGAGUACUGGAUGCAGGCAAGAACAUUCAAUCAACGGCAUGCUAGAUGGCGCGUAUUCCUGAGCGACUUCAAUUUUGAAAUACAUUAUUGCCCAGGAAAGCAAUCAGGGAAGCCGGACGCCUUGUCCAGACGAUCGGAUUAUGUUGACAUCCCCCAAGAACCAGAAGUCAUGCUGCCAUCAGAGGUCUUUGCAAACACGUCAGAAGAAGAGCUGGAAAUUGUUACAGAAGUACGCUCUAAGCUGAGAGAAGAUCCCUCCCUGGAGCCCAUCAUCCAAUUCUUGACCGAAGAUGCCAAUAACGCCCCACCAUCAAUAAGAAAGGCUUACAGAGACUACGAUUGGGAAGAGGAUCUCCUGUGGUAUCGUGGGAAAUUAGUGGUUCCAGACAAUGAACCCCUGAAGGAAAGACUCCUCAGAGAAUUCCACGACUCCCCCCUAGCAGGACACCCAGGACAACAAAGAACCCUUGAACUCUUGAGCCGGAAUUACUGGUGGCCAGGAAUGAAGUCUACAGCCAAAGAAUGGGUAGAGUGUUGCCCUGUCUGCCAAGCCAACCGACGCACACAUGCCCCGGUCAUCUCCCUGAAACCCCUAGAAGUCCCUCCAUUUCCCUUCCACACCAUCUCAUACGACUUUAUUACGGGUUUCCCCAGAUCAAACGGACACGAUGCAAUCCUAGUAGUCAUUGAUUCCUUUUCCAAGUUCGGGCACUUCAUCCCAACCUCAAAGAAGGUCACAGCCAAGGGUCUGGCGGAUCUAUUUGUCAGUCAUGUAUGGAAGAUGCACGGGUUACCAGUCAAGACUAUCUCGGAUAGGGGCACCACUUUCACAGGAAAAUUCCUUAGGGCCCUCUACCAAAGAUUGGGAGUCAAGCCAUCCUUUUCAUCAGCUUACCAUCCGGAGUCAGACGGGCAAACAGAAAGGGUAAACCAGUUCAUUGAGUUUUACCUAAGAUCAUACGUUGCAGCAGAUCACUUGGAUUGGGCUUCCUGGCUACCACUAGCAGAAUAUGCCUACAACAACGCCAAGCACUCCGCCACAGGAAAAACACCCUUCGAGUUGGUUUUUGGGCGAAACCCCGUCAUGAACCCGUCCAACAUCCCAGCAAAUGUACCAGAAGCCGACCAUGUGGCAGAUACCCUUGCACGAGAAUGGAAAGAAGCAGAAGCAGCCCUCAGAAUGAGCAAGGAACGUAUGGCAAGGGAUAAAGGAACAAUCCCUGAAUACUCAAUCGGGGAAAAAGUCUGGCUAGAUGGAAAGAACGUAGAACUCAGGACGAAUUCCAACAAGUUAGACCCCAAGCGAUUAGGCCCCUUUGAGGUAUUAGAAAAGGUAUCCAGUCACGUGUACCGCCUCAAACUACCGGAAACCCUCAAAAUCCACGACGUAUUUUAUGUGGGGUUAUUAUCCAGGACAUACAAAUCCCCCAGUCAGCCGUUCCCAGAAAGGCCCCCUCCUGAGACAAUAGAAGGAGAAGAGGAAUAUGAAGUGGAACAAAUCAUUGACGCCAAAAGACAACGGGGUAAAUGGUUUUACCUAAUCAAAUGGAAAGGAUACGGUCCGGAAGACAAUUCCUGGGAACCAGAGGAACUCCUAGAACACAGUCAAGAGGAGAUCCAACGCUUCAACAAGUCACGACUGAAAAAGGCUCGUGACUCCGCCAAGAGCCUUUAA